GUCUGCCAUAGGAGUGUCUUAAACUGGAGAGUUGUUUACAAAUACGAGUCUUCAUUUUUAAGGGGAACAAUGACUUCUGGGAGCGGUGAAUUAAGCUCUCUCCAAAAAAAAAAAAAAAAAAAAAAAAGGUUCCUCGACCGGUUUGAAACGACAAACAGACGAUGGAAUAAGGAACUGAUCACGUGUAAGUCAUUAAUUAACUUCGCCAGUAGAGGGCAGAAGACACUAUAAAAAACCAGGGAAAAAAAGCUCGGACAAGUGAAUGUUUACUGAACUGCCACCAUUUGCGAUAUUGUAUAAACCCAAAACGACAAAAGUAGAAGAAUAUGGACUUUCUUUUGAAUUGCUGGGACUUGGCUUGGUUUCUCGUCUUGUUUAAUGGUGUCAAAAUUCUUACAGCAGUGGAACUUUACAUACUUUUUUUCCAGCAUUGUAAUAAAUUCAAUGUUUUUCCUAAUACGAGUCAUUCCUGAUGAUAUGCUUCUGUACCAAAAGUGCAUUUUUGCAUACGAUUUUCAGUUUAAAAAGGUAAUUAUUUACACUCUAUUCAUUUUAUUUUACUCAUUGUUGCUGUUUUUACUCAUUGUGCAGUUGAAUUUUAUUAAAAUUAUGAUACAAAAAAUGUUGGAAUGAGAGUCGACCAUGCCGAAAAGAAAUUGUGAAUUGUCGCCAUUUUGUGAUUAUAAUUUUAAACCCAGUUUAUUUUUGUGGUAAACCUUAGUUCUUUCCGCUCCAAAUAGAGAAUGUGACGUCACUCAUUGUUUACCACGGAAGCCGGGAGGGCGGCUUUACCGGAAAUAUUCUAAAACGUACCCGGAGAAUGACUCCACCACUAAGGGGAGUUUCCACAAUUUCACCAUACGCGAAAUUUCCGUCUUUGACAUUUGUGACUGUUAUCAGCUCAGACGGUUUGAUAUGGACCCAAACACGUUUCUCUACAAUGUCCCUCCGUUCCUCAUUGAAAGGUUUUGUGAGAUUAUGGACACCGGAUGUAAUCGUUACGGAUGGCGCGAACUAGCCGCCCGUAUCCUCCCAAGCUUCACAGAGGUCCGCAAGUACGAGCGUGUGGAGGAAGGUGGUCGCAGUCCCACCAAGGAGCUUCUGUGGUCCUGGGCUCAGCGAAACGCGCAAGUGCAGGACUUGAUGAAAGUCCUGCAGGACAUGGGGCACUCUAGGGCCAUAAAGAUCUUUCAGGACCACUUUUAUGAAGUCAAAGAUGUUGCAUCCCAGCCGCCUCCACCUAGAUUACACAUCAAUCAAAUAAUAAGCGCAGAUGUGUUUUCUCCAGGGGAACCUCAGCCACAAAUCAGUUUGAGGAAAAUCUUAGAGGCAACUAGAGAUUUUAACCACGAAAUGAGAAUUUCGGAAGGCUGCUUCGCUGAUAUUUACUUGGCACAGAUGGGAGGCAGAACAUUCGCCGUGAAACUUUUCAAAAAGGUCAAUAACAUAUCCUGGAAGAAUCUGUGGGACGUUUUCCAAAAAGAUAUGGAACUCCAUCAGUUGCGGAGACAUCCAAACAUUCUCGAGUUGUCGGGCUGCUUUUCUGACAAAAGGCGCUACUGUCUGGUUUCCCCUUACAUGCCGAAGGGAUCGCUCUUCCACAGACUCCAUCGUCAGAACGGUGGAUUGCCUUUGUCUUGGCACGAACGUUUCACCAUCAUAAAUAAAAUUGCCAAGGCUUUACAUUAUCUCCAUGAGUCCCAACCAUGCUCAGUCAUCUGUGGGAAUCUUUCCAGUUCUAAUAUACUCCUGGAUGACGACACGCAACCCAAGCUGUCCGAUUUCUGCCUGGCCCAACUUCGUCCUCAUUCGGUCAAACGUAAUCAUACCAUCACACUGGAUGCAGGUUCCCACGGCAACCCGGAGUACCUCCCCGAGGAGUACCUCCGAAAUGGCAAACUCUCGACCAGUUUGGAUAUUUUCAGCUUCGGAAUGGUCGUCAUGGAAACGAUGACAGGACGUAAAGUUGUAGAGGAGCUGCCGAAACGUGCGCAGCUGCGGGAUUUGCUCACCGAAGUGGAGGACAGUGGCAGCGUAGACUCUUGUCUGCAGUUUUUGGAUACGUCAGCUGGUCAAUGGCCAACGUCUUUGGCGCGUAGUCUUCUGGAUCUUUCUUUGCGAUGUGUCUCGAGUCAACACCACUGCAGACCCAGCAUGGAGAACGUCUUGAGUCAGCUGCUGCCACCUCCCAGCUUCUCCUCUUUGGACUGCCCUCACAGCCUGGACGAUGGCGCCGCUAUUCACAUCCAGCACAGCCCGUCACCUAGCAUCCCCGUGGAACACGAUGAACAGCGCAGCCUCCCUGGUUCUCCGGCUCAGGCACAACCCUGCGAAUGCAGCCAAUCAGAGGUGACAUAUAUAAAUGUGACUGAGACUGUGGAAACCAAAGAAGAAGGAAACCCGUCGUACAAAAGCUGGCCGGUACAGUGCAGCUGCCAAGCUGAGACUGGAGGUCUUUCCUGUGAAGACUGCAGGGCUAAUGGUUUUAGCAACACUAGCCAGGAUUUAGCUGAGUAAUUGGACAUUUUUUAUUUUUUUAUGAUUUAUAUUGAGUCCUUAACCUUUCUGUCAUACACAUUUUAGAUCUAUUUAAGCUAUUUUUGUCGUAGUAUUUAAUUUUAUAUUCCUCGUAUCUUCAAAUAGGGGCCUUGGUUAUUCACUGAUACGUUAACAAAUAAAUGUCUCGCCCCUUUGAAUGCCUUCUGCUGAGCAAAUACCAGCCAAUGUUUGAGAUAAGGAGAUAUGGUGGCCUGCCCCCUUUUAUAAAAAUUCUUGGAAAUAUGUUAUAUUUUGAAUAUGCAAAAUGUACGUUUAUGACUGUAAUACUCAUUAACACUAUGUAUAAAACCAAAGCUGAUAUAGCAUGACUACAUUAUGUCAUGAUAUUGGAAUAUUUUAUAGUUUAAAAUUAUUGUGAUAAUAAAAAAUUAUAUUUGUCA